UCAGAAGCAGGGGAGGCUGGACUAUAAAAGCUCUGCUCCGGCUCCGCUCAGACACAGACAAUCUUGCUCCCUACUGAGCUUCACUAAACGGAUAUUUAACCACCACCCGACCAAGACACCACCCCUACCAGGUCCAACCUGCUUCUAAAUGAUGUGUAAAGGACUAGCAUCUCUGCCUACCUGCUGCUUGGAAAGGGCCAAGGAGCUGAAAGCAAGGCUGGGAAGCAUUUUGCAGAAAUCCAACUGGAAUCUAUCCUGCUGCAAAAUGGGGCAAAAUAAUAAGCCAAGUCUGGAGGAAUGCAUCAAGUGGAAAGAGUCCUUUGAAAAACUUCUGUCCAGCAAAUAUGGACUGUGUGCCUUCACAGCCUUCCUGGUGUCUGAGUUCAGCGAGGAGAACAUUGCAUUCUACUUUGCCUGUGAAGAUUACAGGACUACCAAGAGUCCUGCCAAACUACCAGCCAAAGCCCAGAAGAUUUACGAUGAAUUCAUCGGCAGUGAUGCUCCCCGGGAGAUUAACAUCGACCACGAAACUCGUGACAUUACCAGAGCCAACAUGCUGGUGCCAUCAACCUCCUGCUUCGACCCAGCCCAGCACAAGAUCUACAUGCUCAUGGCCAAAGACUGCUACCCUCGCUUCCUCCGCUCUCCAGCCUAUAGGGAUCUAGUGUGCCAAGCCAAACCAAGCGCCAAGGCCACCAAGCAGCCCCGGCAGGAGAAGAAGGCGUGAACUCUCUCUGUGAGCCCAUGAAGAAUUGUUAGUGAUUCACCUUAAGGGUUGAGAAGGCAAGAGUGGCAUGGCAUUAGGUGCUGCAUCUUGAAGCUGGACGCAGGUGCGGACACAGAGAUCGUCUCGAGAGCAGCGAUGGAUAAGCGUGCUCUGUACAGUAGACACUGAAGAUUGAAGAGAAAUGGAAAAUAGAGGGAAAGUUUAAGGUUGAUGCCUUAAACGAACUGUGGUGUGAACACAGAGGACAUUUGGACAUGUGAAAGUAUAAGAGACUGAGUGACAAUCAAACAGGAGAAGGGAGGAAAGCACUUUUCUUUGCCAUUAGGCAAACAUUUUUUGGUUGUGAUAUGAAAUAUCUCUUUGUCAAAGUUUUACACUGUAAACAGGCAUGAAAGGUACUUUAUGAUUUUGUAUUUAUUUGUAUUUAUUUGCCUGUAAGAUAUUUGGUGCAUUUUUACCAAAUGCAGACGAAAAAAUGUGCAAUUUAAUUUAUAUUCUAUUUAUAUAAUUGUUGUCUUUUUUACAUAACAGUUAUUAAACUAAAUUAUAUGAAAAAUAAAGUGACAAAAUGAAAUGGUAAAA